UUUGUGGAUAUAGUAUGCGAUAUCUGUCAUAGUGUUACCGUUACUAUUAUCUUUGUCAAUUAUUCAAGUAUAGUGACUAUUCGCUAUAAUUAUACGAAUAAACACAUGAAAAAGAUUUUUAUACAAAAGAUCUAUUAAUAGUUAAAGAGUACUGAAAUCAAAACAUCAUUCAAGAUGACGAUCAUCACAAAAGCCAUUACUGAGAAGAAGGCGGAUAAAAAAGAACAAUCAUUAUUUGUUGAAGAAAAUCCAGCGGAAAAUGGUAAAAGAGAUGCAGAGGCACAAUGUUUGAAGUCUGAUGUAGGAGGUCAUUACUUUGUUUCUAGAAGAAGCAUAUAUCGUAUUCAUGUAACUGCAACAUUUUUAUUGUUUCUUGUUGCAUUAAUGAUUCUUAUAAUUGGAGUUAUUGGUGGAUUAUACAUAUAUAGACAAUAUGCAAGAACACAGAUGCACAAGUUUAAAACAGGAUGGUAUAGCAUUCCUUAUGACAAGUCAAACAAACCACCUUAUGCCAAAGAUGCAGUACAUCAAAGUUUGAUAGCAGAUUCUGAUCUAAUUUUAAAAAGUUUGACAAGAGCUACAGAACGAGAAGCUAUGGAUAUUGAAAAAAAUGUAGAUAGUGAUAUUAGAAGCUUUUUCAAGGAGCGAUUUGAAAUUGAUUUGGAGAAUGAGCACUAUGAGAAAAUAGAUGUACCAGAUUUUCGUGGUGGACGUCAAGGUCGUUUUAUACAUGAUUUUAAUAUUAAUAAAACUGGUAUCAUUGAUAUUGAUGGAGAAUCUUGUUUUGUAAUGCCACUUAAUCGUCAAACAGUCUUACCACCACGUAAUAUGUAUGAUUUGUUGAGAAAGAUGUAUAAUGGUUAUUAUGAGGUAAAUACACAAAUUGUACGUGAAACAAUGAAAGUAAUUACACCACCAAUUACUGAUUUAUCAGUUGUUGGAACAUAUAUUGCUCGUGAAUGUCAAGAUUUUCCUACAUAUAUGUUGACAAACGUAACUUCAAAUGUUGUCAAACGUAGCAUAUCAAGUGGAGUAUUUGGACAAUUUGCUGGAAAAAAUAUCAUAGAAUUUGAUAUUUUGAAUUUAGAUGAUGUAUCUGAAUAUAACAAGAAAAGUUUACAAAAAAUUGAAUAAAAGAAAUUUAUUAUUAUUUUAGAAUAUUUAUCAUUGUAGGUCAUCAAUGUAUAAAAAUUAUAUCCAGCUCGGCAAACUUAGAUAAUUUCUCUGACGUUCAUUAAGUCUUCCCAUCAUUUCCUAUCUUAGCUCCAAAUCAGUAAUGGUCAAUGGUGCUUAUUUAUAAGGUAGAAUGACAUUUUUUUUCUUCAUUUAUUUACAUUUUAUGCUUAAAUUCUUUAUUAAAUAAUUCUAAUAAAAUGAUAGAUAUAAUUCAUGUUAAAAUCGUUGUAUAUCUAAUAUAUAGUCAUACAAUUGAAUGACUACUAAUUGUACAAA